GAUCCUAUGCAGGUGAGCACUCGACCAGAUAUGACACAUCGUAUACUGAACGCUUCACAAGAAAAGUCGGCGAGAAACUUGUACAGCUACUGUGUGUGUUUUGGUCGGCAGCGGACAUGGAAGAAAUCGGUGAACGCAUUCGAGGUAUCCUGAACGAUGCGUGGUCGGAGUGUGCCUCUUCCCCUAAGCGUUGUAAAUCCUCUCAAGUCUUGGUGGAAUGGAGAAUAAGCCAAAGCUUCUCGGGGAACGCUGCGCUUGAAACAUUCUGGGGUCUGAACGUUGAACCUCAAUGAUUCUUGAGUAACGUUACCUCUGAUGAGCUCCAUAGCUGUGGAUGGGCUUUGGAAGGCAAGUGCAUAUUGGGCGCCAAUCGAACUUCAUGAUGACUCCGACGGUAGAUCGCUCGAGCAUCGUUGCUCUUUCAUAAUAUUCACUUAGUGCUGCCAGGGGAUAUCAGAACUUAUAUCGAGUUCUUCUAUGCCAUUUGCAUCUGCAAACCAUCUACUCAGAUCGUUUCUCUUUUAUCAUCAACUCGUCCUGUUCAUUAUGUCUACUACGCUUCCAGUGCCUCUUCUCGUGUAUGCACAGCAUCAAUCGGUGCUCGAUCUUGAGCCCGCUCGCGAUGUCCGCGCGACUCUUCCGGUUGCCAAUUCUACCAAAUCCUUUUGGUUCACUGAUCCAGACGUCACGCCUUUACCCACGGAAGGUAGCGAAGGACCUUUGACAGAUGACGCGGAUAUCUGCAUCAUCGGUUCUGGAAUCACGGGGGCUUCUGCUGCGUAUCACUUAGCCAGGUCGUUAAGUGAUGGCAAGAUAGCCAACGCGCUGGGGCGUCCCGUGAAAGCCGUCAUUCUUGAGGCCAGAGAGUUCUGUUCAGGCGCAACUGGACGAAAUGGCGGACACCUUGUGUCGCAUACCUUCUUUGACUUUUUAAAAUGUCAAACGGAGCAUGGUAAGGAGGAGGCGCUUCGAUCGUAUAACAUCGAAGAAUACGUUGUGAAAGAGGUCACAAAACUUCUCGAAGAGAACUCCAAGGGGGAUGAUGUCGAUCUUGUUGCAGGUGGCCGACUUAUCUUGUUCUUCUCAAAGGAGGAACUACUUGAGGCGAAGUCCGAUUUCCUGGCUGCAAAAGAAAUUGGUUUAGAUCUCUCUGGUAUCCAAUGGUUCACUAAGGAAGAGACCCAAGCUAAAUACGGCGCCUCGUAUCCAUCCGUUCUUACCCCUGGAUUCAGCCUUUGGCCUUUGAAACUUGUUGGUGUUCUUUUCAGCUUGGCAAACAAGAUUGGUUCUGGCUCUUCAUCUUCUUCCCCUACGUUCUCCGCCACUCUCCAUACCAGGACACCUGUUACGUCAAUCCUCCCGAUACCACAGUCAUCAGAUAUCAAUGCCGUGUUCCCUCGUCGACACAAUUUGAACACUCCACGCGGGAACAUCUCAUGCUCAUACAUUGUACACGCUACUAACGGAUACGCUUCUCAUCUCCUUCCUCAUCUCACUGGCUCAAAUGGAAUCAUACCCACUCGGGGACAAAUCAUCGCCACACGAGCGAAGGUCGGGCUGGACAUUCUUACACGAACUGGCGGUACAGGAAAUGAAGGCCUCGAGUAUUGGUUUCCUCGACCCGUCAAGCAACCUGAUGAAAAGUAUCCGUUGGUUAUAUUGGGUGGUGGUAGAGAGGUUAAGCCCCAAUUCCAGUUCUAUGAAAUAGAUGAUUCGAUCAUAGACAAGGAGGUCGGGAAAGCGUUGAGAGCUUUCUUACCAGCCGUAUUUCCGGGACGGUUUGAGCCUGGAAACGAACCGGAAAUAGAAUGGACUGGUAUCAUGGGGUUCACCAGAUCCGGAGACCCGUUCGUUGGUCCUGUAGUCGAUCAUAACAAUUCUUCCAACAACACAGCGUACGAGGGCCAGUACGUAUCGGCGGGAUAUACCGGUCAUGGAAUGCCUCGUGCCUAUGCAUGUGCUGAGGUUGUCUCCCAGAUGAUCGUUGCAGACAUCAAGAAGGAAAAGUGGGAGCCCCCGGAAUGGUUUCCCAGGGUCUACUUGAUGACUAACGCGAAUAGAAAGGAAUAUGCCAAGGUCUAGGGUAUGGUGGGAGAUACUCAGGUUCUGGGUACCAUCAAUAACCAAUGCAGAUGUAGCUACUCUAACUUCGUCCCAAUAUUUAUAUGUCAAAGAACCCAAGGGCAGAAUGUCUCCUUACGUCUGUUCCAUGAACCCUAAUUUUGUCACAUAAGUCAAUAGCGAACACCCUCACCCAGGCUCAGGCUGGAAGUAUGGCAUCCUUGACCA